UGGAGGGCCGCACGAAGGCACGUUUGAAGGAUACGGACCUUAUUUGAGUCGCAUAAUGACUUGUUUUAUCCUUUUUUUCUGUUAUUACUAGUGUCUUCCCGUAGAAUACAGCACGUAUGUAGCUCUUAGAACGUGGCGUUUUCCCUUCCUAUCUGUUAAAAGAUGCCUUCGUGUAGCGGCGUGUUUUGAUAUUUGAUUCGUAAUCAUGAAGAAGCGUUAUUUUUAAAUGAUCAUCAUCACCGUCACCAGAACUCGCUGUCUGGGAGUUUUACGCACACACACGCUCUCUGUUCUAAUGAUCAACUUUAUUACGUGAAUCUCGACUGGAGGCAAAGAGAAGACAGAUAUUUUGGUCAGUAGCAGCAGCAGCACGUCGACGGAGCAGUACUGUACUAGUAGUGUAGUAGUGACGUGUAAAUUACUCCAACAGAAGACCUGACAGCUUUAGGGUCUCCGGGUUGGCAGAGCAAUGAAUUCUACACGUCGUUGUUUUGUGCGGUUCAUGAUGAGCACGAAAGCCCUGGUACCUGGCGCGUCCUGGCCCUGCUCGAACCUGGGACCGGCUGCUCAGAUCUUAAGGACUUUCCGUGUCAGCGGUACGGUUGCGAAGAAGAAGAGCCGACCCGUGAGGACCGGCUACGACGAGAAGCCGGAACGGGAGCGAUCCCUCGUAGCCGACGACGACGACGACGACGACCCGUUCGAACGGGCCGCCCGGGAGGCCGGGACCAAGGCCGCGUUCGACGGCCUGCUGGACGUCUUCGUUCGGAGGGACGUCCGGAGACGCGGCCACGUGGAGUUCAUAUACGCUGCUUUGAGGAAGAUGCCCGAUUUUGGAGUAGAGCACGAUAUCGCUGUUUAUAACAAGCUCCUGGAUGUUUUCCCCAAAGAGGUGUUUGUGCCACGGAACUUCAUCCAGCGCAUGUUCAACCACUACCCUCGGCAGCAGGAGUGCGCCAUCCAGGUGCUGGAGCAGAUGGAGAACUACGGGUUAAUGCCUAAUGUGGAAACCAAGGUCCUCCUUGUGCAGAUCUUUGGAGAGAAGAGCCACCCUAUGCGGAAGUAUCAGCGGAUGAUGUACUGGUUCCCGAAGUUCAAGCAUGCGAACCCCUACCCCGUCCCCCUACAGCUGCCUCGGGAUCCCGUGGACCUCGCUCGCUUCAGUCUCAAUCGCAUUGCGCAUGACCUAGAUGCCCGCGUCGCAGUCUACCAGUUCCCCUCUACAGAAGUGUCUGAGACUGGGGAAAAGGUGUCACGCCCACAUGUCGUAGGCAUUCAGAGUCCGGAGCAGCGACGGCUGUUGGCCGAGCACAACCCCAGCAGGCCGGUGUUUGUCGAAGGUCCCUUUCCCUUGUGGCUCAGGAAGACCUGUGUUCACUACUAUGUGCUCAGGGCCGACCCUCUCCCGCCUGAGGAAAAGGUGGAGGAAUCUAUAGAUCCAGAGCGGAGUUUCUUUUAUCCACUAGAACUUGACCUGGAUUUGGAUCGGGACUUUGGGGAUCUUGACAGCUUUGAUGUUGAUGAAGUGGAGGAAGGACCAGUGUUUGCUAUGUGCAUGGCUGGCCAAGCAGACCAGGCCACCCUAGCCAAGUGGAUCUCCGGGUUGCAAGAAACCAACCCCAUCUUGGGACGAACCCCUAUUCUGUUCCGACUUGAGUCGGGCCCCAGAGAGCUACAGCAAGCUACGGAGUCCGAGCCAGAGCCUAGUGCAGAGGAGGAGCCCUUACACAGCCAGGGCAUGAAGCAGUGAGGCCCGGAACAUAACACUGGUGUUGUUUUCUCCACUCGUGCCUGGAGGGAGCACUUUUACAAAACAGCCAGCGUGAAAUACUGUAAAGACUGAACUGACUUUCCAGAAGCAGAUGCUUCCAGUACAUGUCAACUGCUUCGAGAAAUAGUUGCACUUUCAGAUAUGUAAUAACUACCCUAUUAAGCUGUUAAAUUAAUGUGGUUUCUGAUUUUCAGAUAUCAAAUGUUACAUGUCUGAUUUGUUUCUGCUUUCAUGCCCCUGUAGCUUUGCUAAGGAGUGCUUGCAAAUUCAGUUGUCGUAAACAGCGAGAAAUUAAACGGUAGUGAAAUGUGAACACAGAA